AAACCAUCUUGUCAAUUGUCAUAUCAUACAUCAAAAUAUUUACUCCGAAACGUCGAAGUUUUGAAAAACAUUUCCGAUUUAUUUAACAUUUUUACAUGUAAGUAAAACCAAAUUUCGAUGUCUUCCAGAAAGCCGGACGAAUCCCCGAUCCCCGGUCAAAAUGCACCCGAACCGGAGUCCGACUCUGACCCGCCAGCAGGAACUAGUGGAAACAGUCCGGACGAAGAAGAAGAAGACGAAGCUAAUAUCGAUAGACUCCGGCGAUUUUUCAAAGAAAAACUCACCUUCUUUAAAUCGACUAACGAUGAAGAAGAAAUAGUGAAGGUUUUAGACGAUUUCAGUAUCGACGGAAUUGUAAAAUAUAUGAAAGAAAACGAUUGUAAAAAUAUUAUAACGAUGGCAGGAGCCGGCAUUUCAACUUCGGCGGGAAUUCCGGAUUUUCGAUCGCCGGGCACGGGCCUCUACAACAACCUGGCCAAGUACGAUUUGCCCCAUCCGCAGGCGAUCUUCGAGCUGGACUUCUUCAAGCGAAACCCGAAGCCGUUCUUCGAGCUGGCCAAAGAGCUGUAUCCGGGCACGUUCAAGCCGACGAUUUGCCAUUAUUUCAUCAAAUCGCUGGAGGAACAGGGCGUCCUGCUCAGGCACUACACGCAGAACAUCGACACGUUGGAGCGAAUAGCCGGCCUGAGCGAGGACAAAGUCAUCGAGGCGCACGGGACGUUUCACACGGGCCAUUGCUUGAAGUGCAACGCCAAGUACACCAAGGAAUGGAUGAAGGUGAGGAUAUUCCGGGACGAGAUACCGGAGUGCGAGAAAUGCCAGGGCAUCGUGAAGCCGGACAUCGUGUUUUUCGGCGAAGCGUUGCCCAGUAAAUUCCACAAGGCGCUCAACGAUUUCGGCAAUUGCGAUUUACUGAUUAUAUUGGGUUCCUCGUUGGCCGUUCAACCGUUCGCUUCGUUAAUCGACAGAGUGAAAGACGACGUGCCGAGAUUGUUGAUAAAUAGGGAGAAGGCGGGCCAAAGGAGCGGCGUCAUGUCGAUGUUGGGAAUGGACGGGGGAUUGGAAUUCGAUAGUAAAAACAACAGGAGAGACGUCUGUUGGUUGGGCGACUGCGACGAGGGAUGUCUACUGUUGGCCGAUAAACUUGGAUGGGGCGAUGAAUUGAGGCUUCGCGUGGCAACGGAACAUAAGAAAAUCGACGCAGAGGCGAAGAAAGAUGAAACGAACAGAGGCGGCGCCUCUUCCGCUUCGAAUGAGGUUAGUUAAAUUUUGUACAUGAAUAAAUUAUAAUGAUAAUCGGGUAAAUUCGUUUUAUUAAUCGGACAGAUAUAAAAUAAGUGCGUUUUGUUUGUGAUUUUUACUCAUUUUAUUUUAUUAAUAAAACAAGAAAAACGUGCAUAUUAUGCUAUAUAUAUAUAUAUAUAUAUAUUUACAUAAACAAUAUCAAAAUUUAUUUCUAAAAUAUUCACAGACAAACUAAUCGUAGAUUUUGAACACAAUAAAUAUAUGUCGUCGUCGCGAGACGUUUCCAGAUAAUUCGCUCCUAUUUCAUUUUCAUUUUAUUUUAUCCGUUUGAUUGCCUAAUUUUUCGUCAAUUGUUUUCGCAAUUGCACCGCCUACUUUUCGUCGUCUCGAAGCAGCUCAAAGUCUUGCAAAAUAGCCCGCAGACCAACGAUCUCAGGCUCGAGCCCAGCCGGACCAUCGGCAAAUGAUCCGGGAAUCACCUGCGAAAAUCGCCAAAAAAAAAACGUUCAAUUUUUCAUUACUCGUAUACAGGGUGUCCCGCAUAAUAACCGACACAAAGCAGGCGAAUAGGGAGACUAAAAUAUGUUGUUUAACUCGACACACAGCCAACUAUGAAGGCCUAUAAAUUCUCAGGAAUUAAGUAACAUUGUAUUUAAUGAGAUUAAAGAACACAUUUUACAUGUUUCUGCUCUGUGUCUCGAUCUUAUGCGGAACACCUUGUAUAUAAAGAAAAAAAUUUACCUAAUUUCCGAUGAAUCGGCAUUGGGCUUCAGCUCUUCGGGCUUGCAAAUUUGAUAGGUGAUUUUGUACUCCGGGUAGGCCUGCUCGCCUCUAUAAACGACGUAUUCGGGAAAAUUGAGCCCUCCCAACGACGGUCUACCGGCCACCGAAUGGUGCCCGGGCGGCGCGUGCGCCAUCUUCAUCGCGCUCAAUUGCAAAAACGAUUUUCCCAACGUCACCCGACAGAGUAACAAAU